AUGACGACGCCUUUCCGUCAUCUGUUCACCUUCGUUUCCUCCACACCAUGCGCGUGUCGCCCGACAAGACAAUUUAGACAAGCAGCGCGAUGCUUCAGCUCCUCGCCAGUUGUAAAAUCAGGCCAUUCAAAAUGGGCCUCCAUUAAACACGACAAAGGCAAAGCCGAUGCCGCCAAAAGCAAGCAACGCGCGAUCCUCACAAAAGACAUCGCCAAUGCCGUGAGGAUUGGUGGACACGACCCAACCAUGAAUCCUCGCCUCACUCUCACGAUCUCGACCGCAAAAAAGAAUGCAGUUCCAAAAGCCGCCAUUGAAGCCGCUAUCGCUCGCGGAAGAGGUCUUUCUGCCACUGGCGCCGCCCUCGAGAAUGUCACACUUGAAGCUAUGCUGCCACCCUCUGUAGCCGUUGUCAUCGAGGCACAAGCCGAGAGUAAAAAUCGCAUCCUUGCCGAACUCAGGAUGCUGAUCAAGGAUGCCGGCGGUAAUGUCACCCCGGUAGGGUACAUGUUUGAGAAGAAAGGACGCAUACGGUUCGAGAAGAAGGAGGGGGUAGGAGCUGAUGAGGUUCUGGAGCCCGCGCUGGAAGCUGGCGCGCUGGAUGUGAUGGAGGAUGAAGAAGGGGGAGUAGUGAUAUAUACAGACCCUGCGCAGACUGUUUCCGCAGGCACCGCGGUGGCGAAAGAGACUGGGUUGCAAAUAGCUGAAAGCGAGAUCUUCUUUGACCCCAAUGAAGAUACGCUGGUGCCGUUGGAUAAAAAGGCGGCGGCGGUCAACAUUGGCAAGUUUCUAGACUUGCUGGCCGAAGUGACCGGAGUGCAGGGUGUAUACCUGAAUUGGACCAAGGGCGCGAUAGAAGAGGAGCUCUGGGCGGAGCUGCAGAGCAAACAAGAGGUGUGAGGUAGUGUCGAGUGAUGUUCGAUUCCAUUCGGUGAGCAGCGGAAAAGACAGAAAUCUCGUAAAGACACACAUGUAUGAUACAGCAUUGUACAAUAAUAGAUAUACAUAUAACAUCAGCCCGAAUAUGAUAGCUUUUGCUCUUGCGCAGUCCCCCAAAAGUCAUCAAUAGCCCAGAUUGAACGCCUUCCAUGCAACCUCUUCAUCCAGAUAUCCUUUCCUUUUAAUGCUUCCAGAAGCUACUCCCCACACAUUCU